AUGGUGGCACUGCCAGCGGUGUCCCACCCUGGGCACAGGUUGGGGGGUCCCGGCGGUACCGGCGGUGCCCUCGUGCCCGGUGCCGGUGCCAUCGGUGCCAUCGGUGCCGUUGGUGACGGUGAUGACGGUGCCCGCGCCGGUGGCCGUGGCGUAGCGGGGGAUCUCCAGGGUCACCCGGCACAGCUGGUACCGGCGCUCGGCCACCUCCACCCGGCAGCCCAGGGCCACCGUGUCACCCGCUGUCACCCGCGCCUCGCCCGGGCUCUGCAGCACCCGCAGGGCGCCCGCUGUGGGGACAGCGCGGGGGUCGCGGGGGGCUGUCACCCCCCGGCCCACCCCGGGUCCCCCGGGUGCAGGGGACAGGGGGUGCCAGGCUCGCUGCCCACGUGUCCUCUGUCACCGCUGCCUCUGACCACGAGCCCCAUCCUGUCACCACACGCCCUGACCCCUUCCUGUCCUCCACCUCUGUCCCCUCCCUGUCCCCCCAGCUCUGUCCUCUCUCUAUCCCCCCACGUCUUCCCCUUCCCUAUCCUCCACCUCUGUCCUCUCUGUCCCCAUCUCUGUCCCCUCCGUGUCCCCCCACCUCUGUCCCCUCUCUGUCCCCCCAUCUCUGUCCUCUCCCUGUCCCCAUCUCUGUCCCCUCCCUGUCCCCCCUCCCCCUGUCUGACCCCACCCUGUCCCCUCCCCGUGUCCCCCCUGUCCAUCCCUGCCCUGUCCCCCCCUCCAGCCCUGUCCCCACCCCCGUCCACCCAACCUGUCCCCACGCAGUGUCCCCAACCCUCAGGACAGUUGUCCCCAGCAGCCCCCCUGCCCCAGUGCCCCGCGGGUGGCCUGUCCUCCCCCCCGGCCCAGCCCCCGUGUCCCCCGUGUCCCCCGUGUCCCCCACUCACCGCCGAGGAGGGGGAUGAGGACCCCGAGCCCCCACAUCCCCCUCGGAGGGGCCGCGUCCCCCUGUCCCCGCGCUGUCCUUGUCCCCAAAGCGCCGCCGUGUCCCCGCAGCCUCCCGGCCCUUCGUCCCCCCCGGCAGAGGCGACACCGCGGCUUCCGCCCCGCGCGGUGACACCGGGGGGGGACACGGGGACAGGGAGGGGGCCGGGAGAGGGGGCGGGGGAUGGGGACAGGGAUUCCAGGGAUUUGGAUGGGGAUGGGGACAAAAAUAGGGAUGGGGACAGGGAUGGGGACAGGGAUGGGGGUUUGGACAGGGAUGGGGACAGAAAUAGGGAUGGGGACAGGGAUGGGGACAGAAAUAGGGAUGGGGACAGGGAUGGGGACAGGGGUGGGGACAGGGGUGGGGACAGAGACAGGGAUGGGGACAGGGAUGGAGACAGGGAUGGAGACAGGGAUGGGAACAGGGAUGGGGAAUUGGACAGGGAUGGAGUUGUGGACAGGGAUUUGCACAGGAAUGGGGACAGGGAUGAGGAAAGAUGGAGACAGAGAUAGGGAUGGAGACAGGGAUGAGGAGAGGAAUGGGGACAAGGAUGGAGACAGGGAUGGGGACAAGGAUGGGGAAUUGGACAGGGAUGGGGUUGGGGAUAGAGUUGGACAGGGAUGGGGACAGGGUUGGUAUUGGGGACAGGGAGUUGGACAAGGAUGGGGACAGUAAUGGGGCCUGGAACGGGGCCAGGGAUGUGGUCAGGGGUGGGGACAGGCAGGGAGGGCUGUGGGACACCCUCUGGAGCGAGGUGGCACCUCCACAGGCCCCCAGCCCAUCCUGUGUGGAUUCCAUGUCCCCACACAUGGGACGUGUCACCUGGAGACCCCCCCGGAGCCCCCCGAGAGGGGGACACACCUCCUGUCCCCGGGAGGGCUGGGGGGGCCCAGCACGGCCACCCGGGGGAGUGGGGAGGGCGGGGGGUCCGGGACUGGGACACCCCCCGUGUGACACUGUGUGUGUCCCAUGUGACACUGUCCCUGCUCUGUCCCCCCGGUGUGACACUGUCCCCUCUCUGCCCCUCCCGCGUGACA